CAAAAAGAAGGUGGGAAAAAAAGAGAAAGGGAGCAAAGCUCCAGCAGUGGUGGAUGCCUUGUCCCCGACAGAGAUGAGCAAGGAGCAGCUGGAGAAGCACAUUGUGCGUCUCCGGGAGGAGCUGGACCGGGAACGGGAAGAGCGCAACUAUUUCCAGCUGGAACGUGACAAGAUUCACACCUUCUGGGAGAUCACCCGCCGGCAGCUGGAGGAGAAGAGAGCAGAGCUGCGGAACAAGGACCGGGAGAUGGAGGAGGCAGAGGAGCGGCAUCAAGUGGAGAUCAAGGUUUACAAGCAGAAGGUGAAGCACUUGUUGUACGAGCACCAGGAAAACCUCACCGAGCUGAAGGCGGAGGGCGCCCUGUCCAUGAAGCGGGCCCAGAAGGAUCACUGGGCCCAGGAGAUGGAGCUGCAUAAAGACAUGCGCUCCUUGAAAGUGGAGCUGAAGGAGCAGGAGCUGGCCAACGAGGCGGUGGUGAAAAACAUGCGCCUGAAACAAGAGGAGGAGAUCACCCGGCUGUGCAACGACUUUGAGAGACAAGUGAAAGAGAUUGAGGCCAAGUACACCAAGAAGAUGCAAGUGCUGCGGGAUGAGCUUGACUUGCGGAGGAAGACCGAGAUCCAUGAGGUGGAGGAGAGGAAGAACAGCCAGAUCAGCGAGCUGAUGAGGAACCACGAGAAGGCCUUUGGUGACCUCAAGAACUACUACAACGAUAUCACCCUCAAAAACCUGGCACUCAUCAGCUUGCUGAAGGAGCAGAUAGAAGAGAUGAAGCAGAAAGAGAAUCACUUGGAAAAGGAGAAGGCGGACGUGCUGCUCCAGAACAAGCAGCUGAAGGAGCCCCUGCAGCAGGCCCAGGAGCAGGUCUCUGAGCUGCAGAAGAAGCUGGCCCAUUAUGACAAGGACAAGGAGGCCCUGACAAACACAAAAGCCCGUCUGAAAGUCACCCAGAAGGAUCUGAAGGAUCUUCAGUGGGAACACGAAGUGCUGGAGCAAAGGUUCAGUAAGGUACAGGCAGAGCGAGAUGAGCUCUAUCAGAAGUUCACCAAAGCCAUUAACGAGGUGCAGCAGAAGACGGGCUUCAAGAACCUGCUCCUGGAGCGCAAGCUGAAGGGACUCCUCAGCGUCCUGGAGAAAAAGGAGGUGGAGCUGAGCGAGGUCUUCGCAGCCUCCAACCUCGACCCGAGCGCCCUCUCCUUGGUCUCGCAGAAGCUGGAG